AUGGCCGAGCUGGAGGUUAAACGGCUGACAAUGCUCGACCAUUACCCUCGAGAAUACCGUCGAGCUCUGAAAAAUACCCUAACCCAGGGUCAGCUCGAGGAAUAUCUCAAGGGGUCGACGCCCAUGUUCGUCGUCGGGCCACUCAUGCUGCCGUCCUUUCUCAAAGCAAUGACGGAAGCUGAUUGCUGCAUGGAUCAGGCCAGAUAUGUGACGCAGGCAAGCUUGUUAUGCCAUAAGUUAUACCUGUUCGAGGGUAUCAAUACUCCACUGGUGAGGGCCUCUGACCGGACAGAUGAUUAUGUGGACGGCAUGCUUGUUUUCAGCCUCUCGACACAGCGUCGAGGUUGGAUACACGACCUGGAAGCCUCAAACGAGAUGGAACUAAAAAACGUUCAGGUUGAGAUCACCCUAGAAGAUGGCAACUUGUGUACCAUUGAAGCGGGAGCCUUCGUCUGGACCGGGGCGAUACAUAAUGGUAUAAUCCCGGCUGAAAGAAAGGAGUGGAUAGUUGAUGAGUUCCUGUCGAGUUCCUGGUAUGGGACUAUCACAGCAGAGUACGGCUCAUGCUAG